AAUUAUUGGUACGUGGUCCAGUCCCAUCAAUUUUCCCCGUCUUCUCCAUUAACUUCCGACGUCUUCAAUCCCUCCGGGUUGCUUCAGUUGGCUCCCUGUCUCCCUCUCUCAGAGCAGCACCGCGUCUGCAAUGGCGAGCUCGGCAGUAACUGGGUGGAGGAUUCUGUUCGCUGUGUUGGGCUGUACAAUGGUUGCAACUCUUGCAUACACAAUCGCCAUUGAUGGCUCUCCUUUCCGCAGGGAACUUCUGUCACGGUUAAUGGUGUCAACCUUGAUUGAUUUUUACAUCAAUGUCGUGGCUAUUGCGGCAUGGGUUUCCUAUAAGGAAUCAAAUUGGAUUACUGCAACCAUUUGGAUAGCGUUUCUUGUAUGUUUUGGCAGCAUUGCUACAUGUGUCUACAUUCUUUGGCAGUUGUGGCAACUAUCAUCUCAGGAAUCCUUUGAAGAUAUCAUGUACCAUGUUCUGAUCAAGAAUCCAAACAAGAAUGGCAUGGAGCAGCACGGGAAGCACUCUGGUGUUAUGAUUGCAAAAAUAAUUUUCAGUGCUUUGGGCUGUUUGAUGGCAGUAAAUUUGGUCUAUGUUUUCAGUGAUGGUUUACCUUUUCGCAAGGAGUUUUUUACACCUUGGAUGGUGGCUACACUGAUCGAUUUCUAUAUAAAUGCCACAGUUUUGUCGGUCUGGAUGUUCUAUAAAGAAUCAUGGCUUACUGCAAUCUUUUGGAUAGUUCUAUUACUAGGUUUCGGGAGCACCUCUACAUGUCCCUUUAUUGUUAAGGAACUAUUCAAGCUCGGCCCCGAAGAUCCAGCAUACCUUAUUUUAUUCAAAAGUUUUAACAGGUCAGAAAGAAGAUAUGAGAGAGCAUUGUCCUCAUAAGCUGCAAAGGAAGGUAGAGGGAUUUAGCUCAUUCCGGGCACAAUUCAAGAAUGUCCAGGAAAUGAUUAUGGUAAUGUUCUCACCAAAUGAACAACUCAUCUCUUUUAUUUUCUGUAAACUAAAAACUUGGUCUGCUGUCUCUACUACCUAAGGCUGUGUUAAUAGGUUGAAAAUCUUUUAAGGAAUUUGUACCAUUUACUGGAAUUGAGCUUUUUAUUACGUAUAAUAAAAUUUAGUGAAAUUUAACUUUC